AUGGGCUGUUUCUCCCACUUGAAGACCAAGAAGGAGAAAUCCCAAGCAGGAGCCUCCGUCAUUAACGAAGAAGCUGCGAAAGAGAAGCUCCCGGCCAAGUUCCCCCGCCUGGAAGAAGAACCACGCGGCCGAUCGCUCCGAUCUGCGCCCUCAAGUUUCAAGACGAGACCUCAGUCCAGCCAGCAGUUUAAUAGGGCGGCCAACAGCAGAGCUCGAGCUCUAUCUGCUCCUUCUAGCCUGGAUUCGGCAGACCAGCAUCAUCUUCUGUCGGUGGAUCCAGAGGAACAGGAAGAAGAACACAAGGAUGAAGUCGGGUCGGCGAAGGAUCACAGAUUUUCGAGUUCUCAACCGCUCCCUCUUCCGUCUCCCCCGGACACUUCCUCUGCUCUGAAGAACGCGGGAAGCUUCAGCUUCAAGUUGACUAAUUCGAAUUCGGUUUCCGCCACUUCUGGCCCUCUCCCCCGCCCACCAUUAGGGGGAGUCCGGAGCUUUUCCUUCAAAGAGAUCGCGGCCGCCUGCCAGAAUUUCUCCGCUGAUCGACGCGCGUUCGAUAGCCUCUCGUCCACAGCCUACACUGCCUCCUUCGGAGACGACUUCGGGGGCAAGAAGCUCGAAGCCACCGUCAUCCGUCUCCUCCCAUCCAAGCAGGUACACAUUACGAAAAAAACUCGGAUUCUGAUCAGUUCAUCUGUUUGUUCCACCUUUCUGAAGAUCAAAAAAAGUAUCCAGAGGAAAUAUAUAGAUCCCCGUGUUCGUUCCUCUGCAGGGAUUCAAGGAAUUCAUGGCCGAGGUGAACCUGAUCGCGUCAUUGCAGCACCCUAAUCUCUGCAAGUUGCUCGGAUUCCACGCGCGCGAGGGUUCCGACCAGCGGAUGCUGGUCUACGAGAGGCUCUGCAACGGAAGCCUGGACCGGCUUCUCCGCCGGAAAUCUGACUCCCCCGCCGUUGACUGGGCGACACGCAUGAAGAUCGCUCUCUGCGCCGCCAGAGGCCUCGUCUACCUCCACGAGGAAGGCCCGUUCCAGGUUUGACCUUCGCAGAUCAUCACCCCUCCUCCUCUGAAACCACUUCAUCUGAUCUCGGUUUCUUCUUCAGGCCAUGUACAGCGACUUCUCAUCGAGAAACAUACAGAUCGAGAGGGACUACACCGCGAAGCUCUCCGGCCAUGGCGGCGUGAGCUCCAAACUCGAGCUGGACUCCUCGAAUGCUUCCGUAGUGAGUCUCGUUUAAUAAAAAAAACAAAAAAAAAACAAAAGAAUUCGGAUCGUAAAGGAUCAUUGAACUGGAUUUCAGGCGGCGGGAUGGAUAUCGGAGGAGACGCUGGAGAAGGGACUGCUGACCCCGAAGAGCAACGUGUGGAGCUUCGGGGUGGUGUUGCUGGAGCUGCUCACGGGGAGGAGGCACCUGGACCAGCAGCUGCCCAAGGAGGAGCGCAACCUCGUGAGGUGGAGCCGAGCUUUCCUCGCCGACGACUGCCGCCUCUCCCUCAUCAUGGACCCCCGUCUCAAGCACCGCUUCCCCACCACGGCGGCGCGCGUCGUCGCCGAUGCCGCCCUCCGCUGCCUCCACAAGGAACCCUCCGAGAGGCCCACCAUGCGCGCCGUCGCCGAGUCCCUCGAGAGCGUCCAGGACGUCAAGUACUCCUGUAGGUUCCGCCUCCACGAGCCCGCCACCGCCGCCGCCGCCGUCGCCGCCGCUGCCACCGGGAAACAGAUGAUGAAGUUUCACAGCUUCAACUCGAUCGUCGCGCCGUCGCCGGCGAGUCCCCCCCCCCCGGUGAGCCCUCCCUGA